CUCCUCGCCCCCCUCCUCUCUACUUUUCGGAUUGCCCGAGAGACCCUCAGUGAAGCUUCCGAGUUACUCUCCACAGACCUUACGCACUACAUCACCUCACCUCCUUCCUCAAGCACCCCGUUGAAGGGACCACUGGGCACACAUAUCGCACAGCCGCUAAUUUUUGCGAGUUCCGUUGCGAUAUUGAGGGUACUUGAGACGGAGUUUGGGUUGGAUGUGAAGAAGGCCAAGUACGUGAUGGGACACUCGUUAGGGGAAUAUGCUGCGCUCACUGCGGCGGGGGUGUUGAAAUAUGAGGAGGCGGUCAAGAUUGUUGGGUACAGGGGUUUAGUUAUGCAAGCUGCAUCUAUGAGUAACCCAGGUGGGAUGUUUGCUGUAUCAUGUCCUGCGGAUCAUAUGGGUCGGCUGGAGCGGUUCGCGGAAUCAAUUGGGGAUGUAGGGAUCGCGAAUCAUAACUCAAAGACGCAGGUCAUUAUUGCUGGUUCGAGAGACGGACUCGAGAAAGCGAAGUCCGAGAUCAGCCGCGCGGCUCGAGUAGGGUUUGGGUCUGAGGGUGAAGGAGCACGAAGGGUUGCGGUCCGGAUGACGGAUUUGGAAGUCAGCGGUGCUUUUCACUCUAUGCUCAUGGCCGAAGCAGCCAGGGACCUUAAACAGUACAUUGACGGGUUUGGCAUCUCCCUCGGUCAAGACGCACGUUUGGAUGAAUUAAAACCAGUCGUGAUCUCGAACGUUACAGCAAAACCCCACGAAACCCGCAACCUCCUGAUCGAACACCUCUACAACCACCUCACCCGCCCUGUCAGAUGGCGACAAUCGAUCGAGUAC